UUUGCUCUCAUGUUGCUGGGUUAGGAAGUCUAGACUGGUCUAGAUGUUCCUGGUGUCUUCGGAUUAGUCCGGAGAACCUUUUGCUUCUGAUGCACUAUGAGAAAGACAGAUUGACUUGUAGAAAAUGGGCACCACAAUUCUUUAAGGCAAUUUUCAUGAAUCACAAUGGGUGUCAUUAACAAGUGGUGCCAUCUUUUUUUAACGCAUGCGUAAUGUAAUUAUUUAUCCCGCGCAAUUUUAAUGUUGUUUCCCGCGGAUACAUGUAAAUUAUGUUAAUGGAUUAAGGAACUUGUUGAUGAUUUGUUGUCAAAUAAGUUAAAUGCAAUGUGUCUCAUUAUACUCCAAUUAUUAUAAAUUAAAAUUGACUGAGUAAAUAUUUAAUAAUUUAAAAAAAAUUUGACAUACAGUGAAAUUAUAUAUAAGCUUUUUAAUUUUAUUUAUUGAUACUUUAUUUUAUUUUAACGACGAUAGACUGUGACAUAAAAAAAAAAAAGUGCCACGACAGAGGGGUUAACAACUGGGUUAACAUCAGGUCUUUUUCUUUUUUUUUUUGAUAUUAAUUUUAAUUUAUAAUUUGUGAUGAGACAAUUCUCAGCUGGUGCUUGAUUUAAUUAUAAUUUUUAAUAAAUAAAUAACUUAAUUAAAAAUGACUAGUAAAGUACAGGCAAAAUUAAAUUUUCCAAUUAAAAAAAAUAUUGGUUUUUAUGGAAAAGUUGAAACAACCCCUAAAAAAGAUUAUACAAAUGCAACAUGUAACACACCAAAAAUAAAAACAUCACCAGUUGUUAAAAAAUUAAUGAUAUUAAGUAGUAGUGAAUCAUCAUCAGACUCAGAUUCAGAUACUGAAAAUUAUAAAAAUGAAAAAACAACAAAAGAAAUAUUAUCAACACCAAGAAGAGUUAGAAAAUCAUCAGUUUCUGAAGAUAAAGCAGGUUUAUCACCACCAAAACAAAAAAAAACAUCACCAACAAUAACACCAUCACCAACACCAUCAACAAGAAUGAGUAAUCUUAAAAUUGGAUCACCAAGAAUUAAAGAAAAAUUAUCACCAAAAAUUUUAUUUACUGACAAUAAUAAAAAAUAUCAAAAUGCCAAACAAGCAUUACAUAAUUCAGCAACAGAUAAUUUACCUGGACGUGAAAAAGAACUUGCUGAAUUAGAAUUAUUUUUACAAAAAAAUCUUGAUGAUAAAACAUCAAGUUCACUUUAUAUAUCUGGUCCACCUGGUACUGGUAAAACAGCAUGUUUAUCAAAAUUAAUGGAAAUACCAAAAUUAAAACAAUCAUUUAAAAAUGUAUAUAUUAAUUGUACAUCAAUAAAAUCACCAGGUGCAAUAUAUGGUAAAAUAUUAAAAGAACUUGGUAUUUAUGCACCAAAAUCAAAUGAUAAAUGUAAAAAAAAAAUUGAAGAUCAUUUAAAAACAAAUCAUAAAAUGAUACUACUUGUACUUGAUGAAAUUGAUCAAUUAUUAAGUAAAGAUUUAACAGUAUUAUAUUCAAUAUUUGAAUGGCCAUCAAUUGAAAAAUCAAAAAUAUUAUUAAUUGGUAUUGCAAAUGCAUUGGAUUUAACAACAAAUAAAUUAUCAAGAUUACAAAGUAGUGGUCAAUUUAAACCACAACUUGAACCAAAAUUAAUGCAUUUUACAUCUUAUAAUAAACAACAAAUUAUUGAUAUUAUAACAGCAAGACUUGAAGAAGCUGAUGUUGCUGAUAUAUUUACAAAUGUUGCAAUACAAAUGUUGGCUGGUAAAAUUGCAGCAAUAUCUGGUGAUGUAAGACGUGCACUUGAUAUUAGUCGACGUGUCAUUGAAAUUGCUGAAUCACAAAAAUUAAAUCCAGUACUUAAACCAGCUGUUGAUAAUGCUAAAAAUGGUGGUAGUCCAAAGAAACAACAACCUGAUAAACUUAUUGAUAUAAAAGAAGUUGUGGCAAUAUUAAAUAGUGUCUAUGGAGGUUUGCAAACUAUUGAAAAAGAUGAAGACACAUUUCCACUUCAACAAAAACUAUUGCUUUGUUCACUCAUGCUGAUUCGUAAUAAAGGUCGAAAUAAAGAUGUUACUGUUGGCAAGCUACAUGAAGUUUACAAAAAAGUUUGCAAAAAACGUAAUAUUCAUAGUCUUGAUGAAUCAGAAUUUGUUGGACUAUGUUCUUUGAUUGAAACACAAGGUGUUCUACAUGUUACUGGUAAAAAAGAACCACGAUUAUGCAAAGUUAAUUUACAAUGGGAUGAAGAUGAAUUAAGAACUGCUCUUCAAGAUAAAAAAAUGAUGUCAGAUAUCAUUGAUGAUGUUUCUUGUCUAUGAUAUUUAACACUUAACUAUAGCAUCAUAAUUAAAUUAAUUACUUUAUUUAUUUGAAUCAGUUAUGUUCAAUAUUUUUCAUUUUGCAUAUUAGAUCAAAUGAUCAUUACUAAAUUGAUGAAGUUAUUCGUUUUAUCCAGUUGUGCCUUUUACGUUAUAUUUGCUGGAAUGUAUAUGUACAUAUAGUUUUUUUUUUCUGACAUCACAAUCAUUUUUAAAUGUUGACUAAUAAUACUAUUUUAAAUUGAAUGUAACUUUUCUUGCUUUUGCAAAUUUUUGAUGUUAGCUUGUAUCAAUAAAGUAAUUAUUAACUAU